AUGCUAUCUCCAAAUUUUUACUGGGAUUGCAGCACAAAUUUGGCACGGAAAAUUCAGGCGAAAAUAGUGCGCCUCAGAACUGAUAAUGAAAGAGAUUACGCAAGACCCCUCGAGCAAUACGAACGCGUAGCGAGGUCAGUCCCCCAAGUAGGUUUGCUAGAGUCGACUGCGCGUACGUUUGUCCUUGACGGUGCAAGUACCGAGUACGCGACGAAAGUUGUCGGUACGACCUUAGACAAUGGAAUUUAUACCCGAAUCCUGGCGACAUCGAGUCGUGUCUUUUAUGAUAAAGACAGUGUGACGCCGGAGCCGGCGAGUCCAUACCUGGUGUACCCGUCAAUAGUGGACCAGGACAAGUGGCGAGUGUUGAAUGGAGUCGUCGACGAGACACCGAUUCGGCAGGAGAUCACGUCGUUCUCCUCCUCCUCCUCCUCCUCGUCGUCGUCGUCGUCUUCGGGGUCGAACGAUUCCGCCGAUCGGGAGAACGACAUCUUCGAGGUGCGACGGGACUUCACGAGUGAUCACAAGUUUAAGCCGGCUAAGCCCAGGAUCAACUUGCCGACGUACACUGUCAAGCAGGAGUUGACGGGGGCUCUGGGGCCGAUUGGUGGUGGUUACGAUAACGAGGAGGCAGAGGCUAGGAGUUACAGACCUAGGGUACCAAAGAUCUUCAAGCCACAGACAACUCGACUGCUGCAGAAGAAGGAGCCGACUAAGCCGUUGGAGACAGUCACCUAUCAUGGGUUCGCUGAUUUUACAACGACCGUCGGUGAUACUGUCAUUGUGUUUUCGCCGUCGACGGCACCGGCUGCUGUCGGUCGAGCUGCCACCACCAUCAAGGGAGAUGCCACCCUGAGACCUGAUGAUGGUAAUGCUAUAUCCAUUCAACCAACGAACGUCCAGAGUAGACAGGACAAGACGAAUGAUCCUCUACUGGAAGCCAUCAACGCCCGGAGCCCCAGCAAAAAUCUGAGACCCAGCGUUCAGGAUCUGGACAGCUCAUCCGUCAAGCAAACUCCAAUUCUACCCGUGCCGAUUGACGAGACGAAACCCACAGGUCUUCUCAAGGUCGUGGACUCAACGACAGCCGUUGAUGGAACGACAACUCAUUACAAGAGCAGCAUCUUCGGAACGUACAUCGGGACAAAUUACGCUCAGAUUAUUCACACGUCGUCUAAUGUGUAUUUCUUCCCUGACGAAGCAAGUGUCACUCCUGAGGAUUACGUUACGAGUGAACCUGACGAGACGGAGACCACUGAAGAUACGUUGACGACUUUUGGAACUCUGGACUCGACUACUCCAAUGUCCGAGAGAGAUGAGACUGUUGCUGUUGAGGAGAACGAACUGACGACUCCGGUAGAGGAUAUCACGGAGGAAGCCAAUGCUGUCACGGUGUCGAGGGUGGAGACAACCACACCUAUGGACUCGGAGAUUCCGAAUGAUAUCGUCGACCCGCAGGGUAGAAGCAUCAAAGGAAACUCGAAGAAUCGUCUGGGAGGAGAGGAAAAACAACAAUUUUCCACCAGAUUGCUUCCCUCGGAAGUCUACAAGACGUUUACCUAUUACACGACAUUUUUCAUUCCCGACGAAACCAAUGCUCAUCUGACCACGACCUCAGUUAGGUCACGGGAGGUCGUCUCCUCCGAGGUGACUUAUCUCACUGAGCUGGUGCCAACCGGGACAGCUAUGUCUACCAACGUCAGUCCCAGUAAAGAGUUGUCACUUCCAACUCUGACGACUCCGUCAGACACAAAGAUCGUUUAUGAGAAUGGAGAGGAAGACGAGCCAACGACCAAGCGAGAGGAAAUCGAGUUGAUUUUUAAGACUCUGUACACCACAUAUACUUACCUGACGACGUUUUUCCAAGAGAGCACAUCGAGCGUUUCGAGUCGUGAAGUCGUUGAAACGAAUGUCGUCACUCAGACGAUUGGUCCUGACGGGAUUUCAGGGGAUGUCGUUGGUCUCUUCAAUGAUGAUGUGGUUAUAACGCCGACGAAAGUUCAGGAGAUCUCCAAGACAACAGUUCCUGGUUUGAUCGAGACAUCCGAAGACUUCCCGACCACAACCGAAGACACUACAACAGAAAUUAGUUUUACGACCCCGAGGGAUGAUGAAGAGGUCGUCGAUGUUGUGUCUCAGCUAGAGCCAAGCCCAGUGUCCUCUCUCGUUCCGGAAACCCUGAAGGCCGAGACCAAGACGUACUUUACAACAUACACGUACUUCACGACCAUUUUCGUGGAUGAUGAGACGGAAAUCGAAACGCGUACCGAAGUUUUCAGUAACAUCGUGACAGAGGCCUUUGAGCCGACAGCUGUUGCAUCUCCAACGCCAUCAGAAGUGCUAGCUCCGACGACCCCAAAGAGUCAACCAGCUCCACCACCAGAGAUCCUGGCUUACCUGGAAGCGUUACAGAAGCAGAAGUCCCAGGAAGAGGCUCGGAAGGUCGCCAAAAAGGUGCAGGAGACGGUCCAAACGACGACUCCACCCCCUGAAGAACCCACGACGAUUCCGACGAUUAUUGACGUACCAGCUGAAGUCACCGAGCAGUCCUUUGAGGACGGCGAGGUCCUAGGAUCGAUGAUCACCGACGUCGUGUCUUCCUCCAGCUCUAGCGACGGUCCUGUCCUAGAGCCGUCGAUGGACAAACGAAAUGCGGGAUCGAUGUUCGAUGAUCAGGAACUUUCGGAGUCGAAUCAUCACGACGUGGAGCCCGCACCGACGCUUCUCUUGCGAACGAGUUAUACGACGUUCACUUAUUUCACGACAAUGUACAAAGGAGACGCAAGCAAUGUCGUGUCGCGGCUUCAGACUGUGACGAACAUCGUGACGGAAACGAUUCGACCAACGCCGGCCGUGGAGAUGGAACCCACCAGCACUCUUCCAGUUACGUACUUCACGACUUUCACAUACUGGACGACGUUCUACAAAGGCGGAGAUACCAUCACCACAAGCCGAGAGGAAACCGUCAGCAACGUUGUGACACCUGGAGUAUCACCUACCCCAACGGUACAGCUAGGCGUCAUAAUGACUUACCGACCGGAUACAGCCGACGAUGAAGAUCAAACCGAAAAGGCAAUCACUGAUAAUGAAGUCAUGCAGCACGACAAAUCGAUUUCUGAAAAGGAUAUCGUCUACGCAGUAACUGAACCCGACGACACAAUUUCUCAGACUGAGAGCUCUACUAUUAGCUCGGAUCCGACAACAUUCUACACUACUUUUACGUACUUCACGACGUCGUACAUCGGUAAUGAGACGGUCUUGAACUCCAGGCUGGAGACAAUCACGAGUGUCGCAUAUCCCGGAGAAGUGCUGAAGGCGACGGGCAGAGCGAUUGGCCCGGCGGUAUCAAAGGUCCAGGAGUUGGAGACUGAGGAGAAGGCUAGAACGGUGAAAAUAACACCGACGAAGGUUCCUGAAGAACCAAAGACUGGUCUCAUCUCGACGGUUAGGUCUAGUGCUGUUGCUGAUGGCACGACGACGCAUUACAAGACGGAAGUUUAUGGGACUUACAUUGACGGUCUAUAUGCGCAAGUGGUGCAGAGCACGACAAGCCUUGAGUCCCAGGCAACGCCGACGGCUGUGCCUGUUUACACGACGUCAUCAGCUACUCCGGCUCUUCCAACAGGAAUUCUGUCACUUAAUAAAGGGAGCAUUGUUGAUGCUGAUGAGGUGACUACCGUCUACUUCACGACGAGUCAACUGGGGACUCUGAUCGAUGGACUCUAUGCCAAGGUCAUCGAGAGCACUUCCAGCACGAGAAUCGACGCGGACAAAAAAUUGCAGUUGAAGCCGACGGAGGAGCGUCAUCGAACAGGUCUCGUCAGGCUGAUCAAGGGACAAAUCGAGACAAAUGGAUCGACGAUUGUCUAUCAGUCAAAGGUUAUCGGUACGAAUAUUGAAGGGAGGUAUGCGCAGAUCAUCGAGAGCACCUCCAGUUACCUCCUGGGAGCGACAGAUAGGAUCUCUCCAACCGCGACAUCGUCUCCUGACGUUACCAGAAAUCCCGGACUGCUGUCGCCAACUCCAGCUGUCAUUCAGUCAUCAAUACCAGAGAACAAUAGCGAUGAUGAUGACGGAAAUAUUGAAGAGGAGAACGAGGAGAACGAGGACGAGAAUGAGGACGAGGACGAGGACGAGGAUGGCAAGCCGAAGAAGAAGUCGAGGCUGACAUUCUCCAGUCGCAAGCGCACCUUUACUCCUGUGAUCCGUCCCUUUUUAUCGAGAAGCAGACCGACGUUCAAUCCGAAGAGGAAGGGAGCGCAAGCAGCCACUACCAUCACCAGGACUGACAUCACCCCAACGAUAACAGCAACACUCGCUGGGACUAAGAGUAAUCGGUUUGCGUCAUCGCGGGGCAGAGCGACCCCAUCGGCAGCAGCUGCUGGGCCAAUCAACUCAUCCAGAAGAUUUUCAGGAAGACGAGGGUCGAGUGCAGUACCACAAGCGUCUUCGGUCGUUGCCAGCUCCAGAGGACGUCAGCAAUCGAGAAUUGUCCCUUCCCCAACGUUCUCAGUGAAUCGACGCGGCCCGAGUUCCAUUCGAGGGUCAUCCGCUCGGCCGUUGAUCAGAGGAUCGUCAAGCUCGAGCUUCCCAGGGUCCUCUAGAGGCUUCAGGGGUGGCAUCAGACCAUCGUCGACUCUCCUCAGGUCUCCGCAAUCAGCGAAUCCAACGCAAUCCAUUAGGACUGACGAUCAGGAUGAUGAGGCCAAUGAGUUCACUGCUACCACGUUUGUCACCGAUGAGACGCCCUAUUCCACGAUCGACGACGAAUUCGGAGAGACCAUCACCACGAUUCCAGUGAAGACGACGACAGAGUCCUCCAGGAGGUCGACCAAUCCUCUCUUGAGAUUUAGAAGACCGAAUCAGUUGUCACGAGGACCUCCGCCAACCAGGAGAACAACAACUACAACUCCAAAGCCCCCAUCGAGAGCGUCAAAUGCUCGAUCCCUGAACGCUCCACCUCCGGGUAACAGAUUACGGGGAAACCGAUUGUUCCCUCCUCGUAACUUCAUCAAUCAACCGACGACAGAUCCCGAAGAAGAGAAUUAUGAGACGACACAGGUGCCCGGUAUCACUGAAAAGAGUUUCGACGACGAGAGGCCAGUCGAGGAGAUCGUGGACAACGACUAUGAGGGAUCCGAAAAUAGCAAGAGAAGACGAAUCGCUACGACAACUCCCGCCCCGCAGAGACUCGCCUACGGGAACAGAUUCAGUGGUCCCAGGAGGAGAGUCAGGCGUCAGGCAAGUCAGCUACGCUCCUACCAGAAUACUAGGUAUAGAAGACCUGGAACUGUGGCGUCAGCGGAGGACAGAUUGGACGUGGAUGCCGCCGAAGAGUCUCUCAAAACAAGCAGAGCGUCUCCGUUCAAUGGACGGACAAGACCCUUGACUUCGUCAGCUCGUCCAUUACCCAAAACCAGUAGUGAGAAGUACUCAUCGGGUGAAUCCUCGGAGGCUUCCAAGUCCCGAAGACGACCGGCGAAUCCCCGGGUCAAGCCGACACCCACAACGGCGUCAGGCCGACAGUUCACGCUGAGGGAGAAGUCGUCGAGUGGCUACAAGAGGACGUCAGUGGCGUCUAAAAACAAUUUGAGGGGAACCAACAGCCCACGGGUGCGCACGCCCACGAGGAGGACGGAGUCUGGAGAGUACCGUCGAGCCUCGACGUCGAGAGCCCCGACUCGUGGAAGGAGCACGAGUAGAAGAGUACCUCAAAGAGGCCGAGGGUCCAAGGAAGAUUUCUCCUUCAAGGACGACGGCACCAUCACCGUGACCCACUACGUCCCCACCCAGGCGACGAUCCCUAUAUUCACGAAUGGCCUGACAGAGCACCGGAGCAUCAUCACCGCGAGCCCCAGCAUCGAGGUCCUGGGACCUGAAAGAUACAAUACGGUUAACGGUGGGGAUGGACUUCCUCUCCUGGUGAUUGCAUCGGAGUCGUCUGCAGUGAAUCUCAAUGGCCAAACGGAAGUGACGAGAUUCCUCCUGCACACGACUCCCACCAGUCGAGUCUCUCACACCCUGACGACCAUCGGUGGAAGGAGAGUCUCUCAAUCUCUCAUCGUUCCCUCGACGAUCUACUCAGUGGAGAACGUCGUGUCGACGAUCCCGGCAUCACUCACAGGUGGCAAUGCACCUCUCGCCAAUAUUCUGUUGUCUCAGCUGCUUCUUGGACAACUCGGUGGACAGAACGCACUCCUCGGGGGGAGCGCUGCACCAGUGGAUGCCACUCCGACGACAACCUUCAGCACUAGAACGACGUCCUACGUCACCACUAUUACGAAACAGAGAAGCACUGUCAUUCCUUUGACCUUCCGGGGAAAAGAGAUCUUCACGACAUUGACUGAUUCAUCUACCGACGUCAUCACCGCAACGGAAUUUAUCACUGAUACAGUAGUGGUGACUCCGACUGCUGCUUUUCCAAAUGCCAAUCUCAAUUCGCUCCUUCUGCUGCUGCAGCAACAGCCCCAGGGUUCACAGUUCCCACAGCAGGUGCAUGAUCCUCUCUUCGCAGCUGCUCCGAUCUUCACCCAGAGCAAUUCUCUACCUGGGGAGCUUGAGCGCCGGUACCAGCCAGCCGAUCUCGACUAUAGACCCGAGGAGGAGUCAUCCGACGUUGAGGAAUUUGAAAAACCCGUCAAACCACGAGCUAAAAUGCAGAAGAAGGAGAGCCCGGAGUCCAGCGUCGUGACGCUCUAUGUCUCUGGUAAAAGACCCGGUGAGUUCAGCACCAUUUUAUCAACGGUGCGUGUUGGCGAGGAGUCGACUGCCUCCAGGAGACGCCGGGAUGUUCAACUCCAAGCGUCGAUACCUCCGUCGAUGGGGAGUGCUGGGGGAGAAUUGAGCAGGCUGAGCCCCAGUGAAGAGCCUAUCAACGCUCAUUCCCCAACACAAAGUCUCGAGAGCGUUGUGGGUGACGUAGGACGGCACAUCUCCACGUCUAUCCGUGCCUGAAUUCCCUGUCCAACUCCAACACA